AUGACUACUACCAGCAGACCCAGUAGUAUCAGCUCCACGAAGAGGUCUCGGUUCAGCUUCUCCGGGCUCACAGGUUCAAAAUCAUCCAAACGAGAUUCUCUAUUCCGCCGUACCCCCUCAAAUACCGAUAAUGGCCUUAGCCCUCUUGACUCACGAAGUUACCUUGGCGGUGAGGGCUAUUCGGAGGUUAGUGCUGGUAGCUCAGCUUCACAAAUACGAACAAUGAGUAGGGUGAUUGUAAAGAAGUUCGAUAAGAUGUCAACUUCUACGCGCUCCGUGAUCUCGUUCGGGGGAAGUAGUGGGGUAAAUAAGGUGGGGGAUAAGAAUGAGGAAGAGGGGCCUGAUAGGCUAAGUUCUAGAGGACGAAGUCUAGAGAUGAUACUCGAUGCUGGGAUGGAUGUAUCGAAGAAGUUGCGGAUAUUCUUUGAAAAUAAUAACGACGUUCUGAAAGGCGAUUCGAGGGUCGGAAAUCUGAAGAUGCAAAACGAACGGAUCCUGGAAGGAGACUGGGGGAUGACUACGGAGAUUGCCGUGUGUGGGGAUAACGGAGCUGGAAAGAGCUCUUUAAUUAACGCAUUACUGGAUGUCGAAUGUAUCACUCCUAUCAGUAACAGUAACUCCUGCACGGCGACGCCAAUCGAAUUCCGCGCUCGAGACCGGUCCCAAAAGAUGACUUCCAGAUAUACAGUAACCAGCAACCUUCUGACGCAGGCUGAAUGGUUGCCUUUUGCGACACGGCUUCUUGGAGACAUUCAGGAGGACCCGGCAGAUAUGAGAUGCAUCACUGCCAGGGGAAUUCUCAAAUCGCUAUUCAACCUAUCAGAAGAGUCAAAAGUGGUUUUGGAAGAUAUUCAAGCUAUACCGGCAUUCUUUAGAGAUUUGGCGGAGAAAUUCGUCACGCAGGAUAUCUCGGAGGUAAACAAACAUAUACAGAGACUUAAUUCUGAGUGUUGGGCCGUGUUGAAGAAAAUAACAAUUUAUAUGGAUUCACCGGUUUUGAAUACUGGUGUUGUGCUUGUUGAUUUACCUGGUCUUGGUAAAAUCAACCCGAUGAAGCUAGCUACAGUCAAUGAAUAUCUCAAAUCAUGCGAAAGUAUUCUGAUCGUGUCGGAUAUUUCACGGGUCGGAAUGGAUGAUUUAUUGAUGGACCCCAUCUUUGAACCUAUUGCUCCCAGAGCGCAGUUGGAACCACCGUCGAAGUUUGCAUUUAUUCUCACUCAAAUCGAUAAUAUACCCCGUGUUGCCAGUGAUCCAAAAUGGGAUAAAAAACGUGAAAUUCUUUUCCGCGUUGCAGCUACCCGUGACAUGAUUCACAAAUCUCCUAAAUCUCGUCUCAAUACCUCCACAGUGAUAUUCACCUCCAGUCUCGAGUACCAGUGGCACCAUCGCCGCCUUCUCCAACCCAAAAUGUCUUCAUGUAUCUCACCCGAAGAAUCUGGUAUACCAGCUCUGAGAAGGUUUAUACAAGAAAAAGGAUUACAGAGGAGAGAGGCGGUGGUAAAGAGUCUGGUCCAGGGGAAUAUGACAACCUUUAUGAACUCGGUGCAGAAUUGGUGCAAUGAGGAGGAGACAAUUUCGUCGACACCAGAGGAGGAAGUAAUGGCACCAGAGGAGUUGCAAAUGUGUUUUGAGGGCAUGCAAAAGAGCAUUCAUGAUUCUAUAAUUACGGGAGUCUCAAAUCCAUUGAGAGCCCUAGUUGGAUCUUUUGAGCAGGACAUUAAAAAUGAGAAUGUCCUGAGGACCAAUGCAAAUGAAGCCCAGGGAAUUGUCAAUAGAUGGAUAAGUGCCUGCGAUCACUGGUCCUCAUUGGACAAGGCCUGCCGCCAGAAUGGUUCCUUUAUAGAUAAGAGCUCUAGGAAAAAUAUCGAUUGGAGUAAAUCAAUUGCGGAUCUAUUAGUACAUAGUGUCAAUGAACACUGGGAAUCGACUUUCAACCAGGCAGAUGCAGCAAUGUCAUCUAUGUUUGUGAGCGUUUCCGAUACGGUGUUAAAGAUGAUAUCUGAGGCAGUCAACCAAACCACCGACCCUGACAAGGUCGCCAAUGAAUUGCCACCCAUAGCAGUUCGUAUCUAUAACAUAAUCCACACCCAAAAGAACCUGUGGCAGUCAAACUUAAGAAACACAAACAACAUCGUCACCGGAAACCAAGAUAUUCUCCAUCCAAAGCUUUGCUCCUUUUAUAUCUCUAUGCGUGAAAUCAAUGGAGCCAGAAUGCUUGUUCGGCGUAAAGAAUAUUCAUCAGAGACACUACCUGAACUAGUUUUCUCUCACUACGAGGAAGUCUGCAACAGCGUUUUCAAAGAGCUUCAGAAGCUUGUUAAGGAGUUGGAGGAGAGAUUAAUUAGCGCAUUGGAUGAGCUCCUGGACGAUGUGAGAUCAAACUAUUUUCACCGAGAACGUAUGGAAGUAAAGCCUAAGGUAUAUGUGGAUUUGAAGCCGGUGAAAGGGCAAUUAAUGGAUCUCUGCAAGUUAAUGAAGCAGUUGGAGUUUCAGGCCAUGAGGCCAAGGUUAAUUGUGGAGACUGAUUCGUAG